AUGCAUCUCACUCACUGUCAUCUUGUAUCGGACUAUGACAAGUCCCUCUAUAUGAGCACCUGGCUCGAAAAUGGUUCUCCGAAUUCCUGGUUCUGGGCUAUCGAGAAAACCAAGCUCAAACUUCUCAAUGAUCAUGCUGCACUCGUCGAGGACUUCCGCAAGCACUUUGGCGAUGCUGACUUUGUCAAUAGCCAAAUGGAGAAGAUCAAAAAAUUCGUCCAACGCGCUUCUGCUGUGAAGUACGCAUCUGCUUUCUGCAAAAUCCUCGUCCAUCUUCCUAUCCACGAUGACCUUAUCAAGAUCAACAUGUUCAAGAAAGGUCUCAAGGAUGACGUCAAGGCACUCUUCCUCAUGAUACAGUCACCUACCACCUUCGAUGACUAUGUUGCACAAGCAAUCACCUUCGAUAAUCGCAUCUAUGCGCAUGCACAAGAACUGAACAUCGACCGAAAGAAUGUUAUGUCAACCCUCCCACUGCACCUCUCCACCAUGUUAUACACCCCAGCCUCGACUGAUCCUGUCUCAAUGGAGGUCAGCGCCAUUCAUCAUCACAGCCCACUUUCUGCUGAAGAGAAGCAGCGCCAUCAUAGCUUGAGAUUGUGCAGUUACUGCGACGGUAAGCACGAGAUUACUGCUUGCGCUGCUUUUUCAAAGCGCAAUGCUGCCUCUUCCUCAUCUGGCUCUUCUUUUCAGCAGGGAAAAGGGAAGCUGGAGGCCCAUUAA